AUGGCUCCCAACGCCUAUAUCGAAUUGCAUGAAAUGCAACCAAAUCAAAACCCUCCAUCACCACCACCUUACAACCCCAACCCCUCCACGUCCACGUUCACCUCCUGCUCCUUCUCCAACUCUUGCUGCAGCUCCGACUCCUGCUCCAGCUCCUGCUCCAGCUCCUGCUCCAGCUCCUGCUCCAGCUCCUGCUCCAGCUCCUGCUCCAACAUCCCUACACCCCCAACCCCCAAAUCCUCCCCAAUUCGCCGCCCUCCUACAACCUGGGCCUUUCGACGAUACCAAUACCCAGUCCCAGACAUCCCUCUCCCCCAGGGCCUAGGCCAGGGGGCUGGUUCGCUCCCGAGGGGGGAGGACGAGGAGGCGGCCAGCAAGAAGAAUCCCCACAGCAGACCGUCCCGCCGCUGCAUCACACUGACCGGUUCCUUGGCAAGAAUUUUUCUCCUGUUUCUGAUUGCUUUUUCGAUUUCGUUCGUUACUUAUUCUGCUAUCAACGAUAGUCUUUUGGCUGCUCGUGCUGCUCGUGCUGCUGGCGCUGCUGGCGCUGCUGGUGCUGGUGGUGCUGGUGCUGGUGCUGUCGGGGCUGGUGAGACUUCUGGACCUACGGCUACGGCUACGGCUACAGCUACACCUACUUCCAUCUCUACCUCGCAGCCGCAACUGGAUGGUCUUGGAGAUACCUUGGAGGAGGAGCUACGAGAUGUGGUCCCACUUGGGCUUUUGGUGGGUGAUGACAAGAAGAGAGACAUGAAGCCUACCGAGACGGCUGCGGUGUAUCAUGUCACCGGCGGGAUUGUUUCUCCGCAACUGAGCGGGACGGCGGUGCCGACGUGGAUUGAUGUUGAUGGCCAUGUCGAUGAUGCCGAGAAGAGCAAGGUGUUGAGGAGCAGGGUUGCUCGGCGUGCUGCUAUCAACCGCAAGGACAAGUCUAACCAACACGCCUUUGAGACUACUCCCGGUAGCCCUUCUGGCCCCUCAUCAGAAGUCGGCCACGAGCAAUAUCACAACCACGACCACCAUGACCAAGACUCCAACCACAAUCAACACCAAGACCACGAACUCAAACCCCGCACCCCCGAGGAGAAGGCUGAGGAGAAGUCGAAGGGGAGCGAGAAGAGGACUGACGGUGACGACAAGAAGGACAAGGAAGAGGAAAAGGAGUUCCACUACCACCGUCCCGAUCUUGAGGCUAUGCGUCAGGCAAAGUCGCCGCUUGUGAAAGCCAUUGAAGAGUUUGUUUUGGGUUUCGGGAAGAAGGGUGAGGGCUUCCAUCAUUGGGAGGACGAGGAGGAUAAGGAGGAUGAUGACAGGGACGGUGACGACAAGCAUGACGGCGAGCAUGAUGACAAGCAUGACGAGGAGCAUGACGAGGAGCAUGACGAGGAGCACGACGACAAGCACGACGAGGAGCAUGACGACAAGCACGACGAGGAGCACGACGAGGAGCACGACGACAAGCACGACGAGGAGCACGAUGACAAGCACGACGAGGAGCACGACGAGAACGAAAAGUCAAAGCGUGACUGGGCCAAGCCGCAACCGCCAUACACCGGUCCUCAUGAGACUCCUACGCCUGGUGAGAUGAACCUGGGAGUGGAUUACGGGACGAAAGGGUUGAAUAAGAUUGUGGGAACUAUUCAUAUGUCUGAUGGAAGGACAUACUACCCCUUCGGCGACCACUACAAGUAUCGCAACCGCCGCCGUGAAGAAAACGACAUGGAAGAGAACGAUUGGGAAACCAUCUACCCCUACGGCGGAAAGCUUCGUUUUGCUCGUCGCGCGGAACCUACUCAUGCUGCGAGUGUUGCUACCGGAAGUCCCGCUCGUCCCGAGACUACCCCUCAGGGACAUCCUCCUGCCAAGGAAACGGCACGCGCUUCUGGCUCGGCCGCUGCUGCUCCUCCUCAUAAGCAGCCUGUGAGCCAAAGUCAUGAGGGCCACAAGCAGGCUGCUCCUAUUCAGUCCAUCUCUCACGCGGAGAGCCAGAAGGGAGGCCACCAGAGCCAAGCUGCUGCUGGCAACCCCAACCACGUAUCCCAGAUUCCCGACGGUCAGAUCCAAGUCCGUCCUCCCGUCCCAACUCACGCCACUCACGCUGUGAACGGAAACGAGAGCCAUGAGGGCCAUGAGGACCACAACCAAGCACCAGCUGCUGCUCAUACUGCUGCUCAUACUGCUGCUCAUACCGCUGCUGCUCAUACUCCUGCCGCUGCUCCUCCUGCCGCCGCGAGCCACCCUGCCGCCACCAACCCCACAACAACCUCUAAGCACCCUCACGCUCCUCCCCAUAGCCAUGAUCCUGUCUGGGCCCAUGGCGAGGGCAAGGACCACAUGGACCCAAAUGACAAGGAGGACGAGAACAAAGACACCAAGAACCAGAACACAGAAAACGGCAGACCAAAGCCCAUCAACAUGAAGGGCAACGGAGGUUUUCACCAUCGUCGUUCCGCCGUUCCCGGCUCAGUGGGCGUCACCCACCUCGACUGGGCCAAUGGCGUCGAGCAUGCCAACCUUAACGACUUUAGGACUCGUCUUAUCCCUCGUGCUGACGAGGGUGUUGAGGGUGUACAGUGCGCCAACGAUGCCGAUUGCGGCAAGCCCGGGCACCACGGGGAUAACGCCAAUGGAACUCCUAACGCCAGCUCUGGCGGGCAUCCGGGCCAUUCCCACGGCUCUGUCUCUGUCACUGUUUCUGAAACUGAACCGAAGCAGGAGCAUGAGCAGGAGAUUCAGCAUGCUGAUGGCGAUGGUGAUGGUGACGGUGACGGUGAUCACAAAGCCACUGCUUUGCAUCAUAAUUGGUGGUGGGACCAAGCGAUGAUUAGGGUUUUGAAAGAAGAAGGGAGAGAAGAAGAAGGGAGAGAAGAAGAAGGGAGAGAAGAAGAAGGGGAUGAAGAGAAGAAGAAGGGGGAUGAAGAGAAGAAGGGGGAGAAGAAGGAGACGGAGAAGAAUGGGGAGAAGAAGGAGACGGAGAAGAAGAAAAAGGAGAAGGAGACGGAGAGGAAGGAGACGGUAGAGGGAAAGAAGGAGAAAGAGGAUGCAGUCAAGAGGUCUGCCCUCAAGACCGUCAAGCCGUGGACUCCCCAUCCUAGCUUGAAGACCACCACCCCUUCUUCUCCCGACUCUGCCACUGCCACUGACGCUGACAUCGACGCUGACAUCGACGCUGACGCCGACGAUGCCACUGUCACUUUGAUUGUCUCAAACACAAUCGCGACUGCAACUGUAACUGUCACCGUUACUCCCACACCUGUUGCUCCCCCAUCUUCUUCUUCUAACGACGACACCGCCCACACUGCCGAUGCCACUGUCACUGCCAUUGUGACUGUCUCAGAUAUAAUCGCAACUGAAACUGCCACGGCAACUUCAACUCUCACCAUUGGUAACACUCCCGUUGCCCCCCCAUCAUCUUCUCCUUCUCACGACGACACCGCCGUCAUCAUCCCCUCCCGCUUCCGCCACCUCGUCCACCCCGUCCACAACCCCCGCGACGUCGCCCCCGACUACAACGGGCCGCACCGCGAAGAGAUGGUGAUGCCAGGCAUCAACGAGCUCCACCUGACGCUCGAAGAAGCCAAGCCCAAGAUAAUGGACGCCAAAUACGACUGGUGGGAGUUCAAGACGCCUCCGGACCUGUACUACGUGUCGGACCAGAACUCGCCGUUCAACCCGUACAAGGGACGGCGGGAGGCGAUGAAGAAGGAGACCGAGGAAGCGGCGCGGGCGAAGAAGGUGGCGGAGGAGCACAGCAAGAAGUUCUGGCAUUACUUCAAGAAGAGACCGGACGCGAUGGAUGCCGGGUGCAGGGAGAAUAGUCCCGAUAACGAGGGCCAUGUGUGGUGUCUUGCGCCUGGAGGCGGGGAGACGGCGUACCCCUGGGAGGAGAAGGCGGAUGCGAGUGAGAAGGACAAGAAGUUUUGGCAUUACUUCAAGAAGAGACCGGAUGCCAUGGACUCUGGCUGUCGGGAGGAUAAGCCGGAUGGGUUGGGACGGGUGUGGUGUUUGAAGCAGGGGAGUGGGGAUACGGAGUAUCCUGAUGAUAGGGGGUAUUAG